CGCAGUUCCCCGCGGUGGGAUCUGUUUGGGAAAGGUUUGGGACCUUCCUUCUUUGGAAAGGUCUCAGAUCCGCCUCCGGAUGUGGCCGGCUGGGACCUGCCUCGGGGGUGGUGUGUGUGUGGUCUUCCGUGAUUCAGAGCCGAUACCAUAGGAUAUUCAGAUACUAGGCUGCUUACUGAUUACGGACAGAGAUUUAAAAAAAAAUACACAGCUGUAAAUGGCAGCAAGUCAAACUGGGCCUCUGACUAUAAAGCUACUGAAAAUCAUGCCAUGCUGAUGACAAUACAGGUCAUCUCCUAUUAAAUCUCCUCUUGUCUAAGUACAGCACUUCUCACAGAGCACCAGCAGAAAACAUACUCUGAAAUCAGCUGUAAUCUUAAGAUAAAGUUGCAGUUCUGUGCUGUUUCCUAUUACAGGACAACAUUUUGAAGCUGUCUAUUCUACAAAAUCUGGCAUAAAUAGUCUCUGGAGGGACCCAGGAUCUGCAGAACAAAAUUCAGUGUGUCUCACCUUGCUGCUGGCUGCAUAAAGUUUAUAUCAUUUCUCACAUUCAUGGUUUUUUGGCUCAACAAGUUGACUUGGCUCAACAGAGGGUGUGAAGACCACUAUCUUCAGUGCAAGGGAAGAAGUGGGACAGCACAGCCAGGAACAAGAAGGCAGGCAGACACAGGACUGCUUCCUUUCAUUGAAGCACAGGUGUUUUGGAGCCCUCGAGCCUCGACAACACGAAGCGACUCAAUGCUUUGGUCAGUCCUGCACCCCGCAGGCGAGGACAGCACAAAGACACCCCGUAAGGCGGCCGGCACCGCAGCUGGAUCCGCGCCGCGCAGAAAUAAUACGAGAAAGCACUGAGAGCUCUGACAGUUCACAGAGACUACUUACUAAGUCAGUGGGGAAUACCAGCACUGCGAAGAUGGAAUCUUUCACAGGCAUGCAUGCAUAUAGGAUGUGUGUGCAAAGGAGUCCUUGCACAGAACACAUGGCUUAAAAACUUGAUUUCCUGAAAUAGUUUUACUAAUGAUUGUUGGGGUAGACAGACCAUUUUUUCCCCCAAAUCUUUGCAGAUGCUAGAGAUAUGGAAAGAGGCUGAGGAAGAAACUGGACUGGAUUACAUCUGUUAAGUUAAAAAAAACAACAAACAAAUGUUAGAAAAAGAUAAAAGAAAAAAAGUAAUAAUUUUUCAUUUGUGCCUGAUGGGGUUGUGUUUUUUUUUUAACUGUUUGCAAAUCUUCAGUGUAAUGGUUUGAAACCCAGUCGUGUCAUUUCUUUACGCCCACACACAGAGCUGCAGUAGUGCAGACACUGUAGCAGGCAAACCAUAUUACCAGCAUCGGCCAUUAAAACUCUUCCUACUCUAAGCGUGGGCUGACUUCACCCCCUCCUCUCUUUGCACACACCCCACCACCCACUUCAAUUUUCAAAUGCUUAAAAAAAAGAGAAGAGAAAGACACUGAAAAAAGAAAACAGGAUGCUUCUUUUGUUUCAACGCUAUUCCAGAGACCUGAACCUCUCCACCUGCCUGUGAACUGGCCACCUAAAGGUUGUUACUGUGACACCAAUGUAAAAAAAAAAGAAAAAAACAACUUCCUACUUCUAAUCUGUUUCAAGUCUUUGUCCUCGUUUCUCUCUGCUUGCAUCAAGUAUUGACAGAAAUGAGACUUCUUUUGCUGAAAUGCCUGGCUCAAUAAAAGAUACAUGAGCAUAUGGCAGAUAACCUUUGAAAUGGAGGCACAGAAGCAGCCUGGUUUUACAGUUGCAGUAGCAGAUCGACCAGUUUCAACCUCUUCUCUUCAGCCUGCACAGGGUUCUUCAGAUCUCAGCCAAGGCAGUGUGAUUCCUCAACAGGAACAAGCACUGUCCCAACCUGUGUAUCUAAAAGCCCUUACCAUACCACUGUAUCAGCCUGUCCAGGCAGGAUGCUUUCAGCCAAACCGUCAGUUAGUGACUGGCAGGAGCUGUGUAAAUCUAGACAGCAGUAACAUACCUCUAAUCCUGAAUCCACUUGUUGCUUCAGAAGGCACAGAUCAGCCUCAGUCAGUUUUUCAGAAACAACUUGGACAAACUCUAACAUUGAACAUAGUGAGCACUUUACCAGUUUUAUCAUCACCAAAUUCUUGUGUAAAUGCAUCUAUUGGAAGCCCAGGAAAAUCAAAAAAAGCUGGGAAAUAUAUCUGCAAACACUGUGGACGAGACUGUUUGAAGCCAAGUGUCCUUGAGAAACAUAUUCGCUCUCACACAGGAGAGAGGCCCUUUCCAUGCACCACUUGUGGUAUUGCAUUUAAAACUCAAAGCAAUUUGUAUAAACACAGAAGAACUCAAACACAUGUCAACAAUACCAGACUGCCCUCAGACUCUGACAACAGUGGUAUAUUGGAGCAAAAUGAGAAAUCAACAGAGAGCAUCACCUCACAUCAAGGCAGCAAACUACUUAGUAGCACUGGUGAAGACGAGGGGAUACAGAUGAAACAAAUGAGUUCAGAGACCAGUGCUGCCACAGACACUAAGAAACUUCUUAAUGACCUUUCGCUGCCAGCAACAAACAGUUCAUCAUUUGCUUCGGAAAAUCAUGAAACAACGAAUCAGUCCUUUAGUUCAAAGGCUAAUCAGGGGGUUCCUGAAAGAGAACCUCAAAGUUUAUCAUCUCCAGGAGCUUUGCCAAAUGGUCAGUGCCAGAGAAAGAAGAUACAGGAGCAAAGAACUCCAACUGCCAAUAAGCACAUUCAGUUGCAAAGGCAGCAAGCAACCUCUUCAGAAAAACAGUGGGAUUGCAAGCCAUUUGACUGCAAGCUAAAGAAGUGUGAGAGCACUGACUCAGGGUAUCUGUCACGCUCUGAUAGUACAGAACAACAGAUGGCAUCAUCCAGCCCGUUGCAUAGUCUCUAUGAACACAGCACAGAACUGGAAAACGAAACUGCUUUCAGCAGCUUAAGGUGUACCUCCACAAGCAGUGCAAAGCUAGAUGCAGCUGAGAAAGCUACAGCCUUGAUGCUAGAGAAAAAAAGGCUGGAAGAACACAUUUCAAAACUUAUUUCUCAUAACAAAAGUGUGGUGGAUGAUACCCACUUAGACAACGUUAGGCCCAGAAAAACUGUCCUUUCAAAGCAGGGAAGCAUUGAUCUGCCAAUGCCUUAUACAUACAAAGACUCUUUCCAUUUUGACAUCAGAACUUGUGAUGUAAAUAGGAAAAAGAAUCUUUCCCUUUGUUCAGCAAAAUCUACCUUUGCACCCCUAGAAAAAUGCAAGCCAAUGUUUUUUCAUUCAGUUCCCACCCAGUUCUCCACAACGAUAGAUACUGUGCCUGUUACACGGAGCAACUCCUUGCCGUUUGUGGAGGGCACAAGAAUGGUACAUGACAAAGCAGGUUGCUCAAAGCCACUUUCUCUUACUAAGCAGUCUGUAAAUACAGGCACUGCUAGUUUGCUGCCUAGCAACAAUCUUGCUGCAGAUUCAGUGGAUUUUCCUAAUAGCCAUCCCCGAGCUCUAGUCAGACAAACAGCAGUGGAUGAUUUGCCACUAAGUAAUGUGGUUGAUCAUGCACCUCCAUCAGAGGAGUUGCAAGGGACUAAAAAGCUUGGGGCUGGCGAAGUAAUCAGUGCUAACAAUAAGAAACACAAUCAAAGGAAGUUCAAGAUGUUCUCUCAAGAAAAGUGGCAAAUGUAUGGAGAUGAAACAUUUAAGAAAAUCUACCAAAAAAUGAAAAGCAGUCAAAAUGCCAAGAAAAUUAAACAAAGGGGAAAUAAGAUUACAGAUAUUACAAGCUUCGCUCCUAAUUCAAAGGAAUCAGUCAGCAGUACUGAAAUUACUGAGGAAAGAGAUGGCAGGCGCUCUGUAAGUGACAGUCUUUCCUCCCUUGUGACAACAGGUUUAAACACUGGUAAAUCAGAAACCUGUACUAAUGGUAAUCAUAUUCCACAGAAUGUGUCCUCUGAGGAAACUGCAGACAGUGUAACCUACCUAAUGGAGACAUCACAUUCAGUAAACGCUAGUGCACAUACUGUAAUGACCAAAACUUCCCAAGACCUCAGUGGGAGCGACACAGAUAAAUACACAGCUGGCAACAGCACAUUACUAGCUCCAAGCAGUUGUGAGUCCAGGCUUCAAAAUACUCAGUGUCAGCUGAACACUAACAGAAGGAAUGAUGACUGCUUGCCAGUACAGAGUAGCAAGUGGGAAAAACCAAGCCUUGGGAAAGAAUCUAGUACAUUUGAAUCAGAUUGUAAAAGCACUUCAAACAGUUAUGGAAACCAUAGCAGGAAUAAAGAAACUGGCCAGCAUGCCCUGACACCCCCAUGGGUCCAUUGCAACAACAGCAGAGAAGCCGCAGGGAAAUCCCAGAAUUCACCAUCAGAAAGAAAAAAGCUGAAAUUUGAAGUGGAGAAGACACAAAACAUUAUUUCAAAGUCCUGCCCUAGUCUCAGUAGUGAAAACAAUGCAGUGAAUGAAGCAGAGAAAGUCUGUUGUGCUAGCACUCGAUGUCUUUCCACAGCACCAGUGAAAUUCUCCAGUAAAGCAGAGGAGCAAAAAUUAAGCGCAGGAAUUAAUGAAUGCACUGGAGGUACUGAGAAUGUGGAAUAUAUGAAAACAAUCAAACUCCCCACAAAAGCUCUUAAUUAUAGUGAUGUUAACCUUCUUUCACAUUCAGCAGGUAUCUCAAAAGCUUCAUUUGUGGGAGUUUUAGGGCCUGAAUUAAGGGGAAGUGAUUGCAACUCUUUUGCCUUGCACAACACAACAGAUAAGGAUGUCAAAACAGGUCUUGUGAAAACAGGAGCAAAAGUAGCACUUUUCAGUGACAAUGCUGUUGAUGUGUCCUCUAAAAUUCAUCAUCUGCAAUCUGGUCAUUUAACUCCAGUCCCACAACAAAAUGCCUUUUCUCCAAAAUAUAUCCUUAAAUUGCCGCAAGACAAGAGAGCCUCAGAUUUGUCACUUUUUCUUGGAUCAGAACAGAAGAUUACACCUUGCACAUCUGUGACAGACAACUUAACUAACCCCCCCUGCUCUUCCAACAGCGGAUCACUCAGUUCUCAUUCUAAUGAUGUAUUGUGGUCCCCUUUAAAAUUUGAAGUGAGACAAAAGGCCAGCAAAGGAGAGCUACGGUGGAACGUACAUGCAAACUGGAAAACUCCAGUAUUUUGUUCACCAGUCAAUUCAGAAACAACAAAUACCUUAACCACAGCAGAUAACACCUUUUAUAACAAAAACUUCAGGCAGCAGGAUAUUGUAAGAAAUGCUUGGAAAAACAAACAGAACAAAAAUAAAUUAAAUUAUCAAAGGCAAACAGAAGAGAAGUGGAUGAGCAUAACUGCUUCCUCUACACAGACCCCAAAGAAGAAAAUAUGCUUUACCUCUAUGUACACAAGUGGUUUUUUCAUAUCAGCUGACAUCAAAGAAGAGAGAAAGGUUUUACAUCAUCUUUGCUCAGGAAAUGACUCUCUGACAACGACGUCAGCUUCUAGCAAGGGUGCAGAGCCAACAGUCGUGGGAUGGGACAGAGGUGGAAGUCCAUGCACUCUUAAGGACAUUUCACCAACACUGCAGGAUAUGCAGCAUUCUCAGAGCUCAACAGACAACCCCGCUUAUUUUUGCCAUUCUUUUGGCACAUUUUAUUGCCACACUCUCACCACUCACUGUAGAGAAUUCCCAGUGCUACCCCACAAUAGUCUGUCUUGCUACUCUGGAAGUUUAACAGUAUCAAGCACGAAGAGCCCCUUCCCAUCACUAAAUGCUGAACCUCGACUGACUUGGUGUUGUUUAACAAGAAGCCUUCCUCUGCCUGCUGAGCAGAAGGGGAAUGCAGACUCCGCUUAUUCCUCCAUGCAUACCUGUGACAAGGAAUUUAGCAAUGAAUGCACACUGUCAAAAUACGAUAUUUCCAUUUUCAAAAUGAAAAAUAUUAGCAAGACUGUGGCAUAUGGCUUAACAAACAGGAGUUUAAAAACAUUGGUUUCAUCCUUUUCUAAAGGACAACAGAUGCAGGAGUUAAGCUCAGCAGCUCCUGGUGCUGCUUUCAAAAAUAUUUCAGAGCAAAAGAAGAAAACAGUAGUUUGCAAAAAGGAAAAACUCUCAACAAAUAAACUCAAGAGGAGCCACAAACAGAAAAAGAUUAAAGUCACCCCGAAAUGGUACAGAGGGAAGCAUGUACAUGGAUAUGCUCAGUUGAAAAUUAGCCAACUAAGCAAGCGGCACUGUUUUCCAAAUAGAACACUGGAUACUUUGAAAAAGGGCUAUUCAUCACAACCCUGUAAAUUUAAGAAGUAUAAGAAGUCCUAUUCUGCUCAAUCAAAGGUACAAGAAAAUUACCUACACCAGCAAAAAGACACAUCUUUUUCCACCUCAGACAAGCCACUUUGCAGAAGGAAAAAAGAAGGAAAGAAUAACUCGGGAAUAUCUUCCCAUACUGAAAAUCUAAACCAUGUUAAACAAAAAGACAAAAUGGAUAAAAAAGACAUUUCUGGGAAAAUCAGGGAACACACAAGAACAAACUUGGAAAUAUCUAUGACAGCUCAUUCCUUUUCAUCCACAGUUAAUACAGCCACGCAGCAAGUCAGCAGUGAUGUGGAAAUCUGCUGUUUAGUGACACAACCAUUUGUGCUUCAGCAAUCAGUCCCAGGGGAUUCACAGCCAAACAUUCAGAGUGACUCAAUGGCAUCUUCUUUUUGGUCUUGCCCUUUUGAUUUUACAAAUACAGGCACAGGUGACCAACUUGACAGCAGGAACUCAGAGCCUACUGGUCCUCUUUCCUUACAUCUAGAAGCAAGCCAGGAAAACGUACUAAAUGUAGAGUCAGAGAGUCAAAUAUUUGGUACAUUAGACCCGGUGAUCCAGGCCUCAGGAAGGGAGAAACCUCCAACUGAAGAAAACACAUAUUCAUCUCUAAAAGAAAACUCAACUCCCAGUUCCCAGCCUGGAUGUUCACAUGUAUUCAGAUCAAAAGCAGAGUCUCAUCCUGAGUCAGUCACAAGGGCUAAAUUACCCAGUACAGUAUACAGAGAGCGGGCAAACUUUUCUCAAAAAAUCCUUGACCUUCACGGAAGUGCAGACAAGAAUGGAACCCACCUGCAGUCAAAUAGCUAUGGGAGGCCACGCGAAACAGCUACUACUGCCUUUAAAAAGCCCCCAAUUACUCUCAGGUCCCCUGAGUUCAAGACUUACUCUGCAACACCUUCCAAGAUAUACAAAAAGAGAGGUUUAGAGGUGAUGAGGAAGCAAACCAGAGUUGAAUAUGAUGACACUAGCAGUGAUGAUGAAGAUAGGCUUGUUAUAGAAAUAUAGCAAAUAGGCUGCUAACAAGAUGCUUCUAUGAUGGCCCGUUACAGAAGGGAAUAGCAGGGAUGUUUGAUCUGUAUUUCUGAAGCACCUUAAAAUCAGAAAAGCCAUUCCUCUGUGCAAUAGGCAGCAUUCUCUUCUGAAGAGUCCAUCCUUUCAAGGACUCAAACUUUUUAAAAAAAACUUAUUUGAAGCAAAGAGGGAACUGGCAUCACACAUUUAAAUGCAAGUGGUAAACCUGUGUUUAUGAGGGGUUUCCAGCAUUGUUAACAUUCUUACCAGUCUUAUAUAAUUCCCACAAGUGCUAGCUGCCAGUAGUUGUAUUAUUAAAAGGCUGCAGUAUAUUUAUUUACUACUAACAAUACAAUAGCAGCAGCUUCCUCAAUAUAUGAGCUAAGAUUUCCCGGAAGGGUAUGGAUGUAUCCUCUUCUAUAUACUCCUCUUUUGUAGCCACUGCCAUCUGUACUGGGAGUCAUACAGUUGGCAUUAAGGGGAAGAUCUCUUCCCUAAGUAUCUGUGAUAUUGGAAGAGUCUGGAAAAAUGCUGUUCUUUUUCCAUGUUGCACAAAUGUCAAUGCUUCUUUGUGACAAAUGACACAAGCAUGCUUUGCUUUGUGUUUUGUGCCUUUUAUGCCAAGAUCUACUCAAAUAUUCUUGAUUUCUAUCUGGAGAAUAUGGGUGUUAGCUAUUGAUAUUUCCUUGUGGUAAAAUUUCUGACAAGGAUUUUCUCAUUAUAUUCAUCACAUUGUGCUCCAACUGAUGUAAUCUGGAAUGUUUAAUUUUUAUUGUAAUCUUAAGUUUAACUGCAAUUAUGCUAUUUUAUUGAGAGUAAAGGAGCUAUAUGGCAUAGCUUGUUUUCUGUUUUUAACAAGAAGUUUUGUGCUACAAACCCUAAAAUUUACUGGUUUCUAUGUGAAUAAAUAAUUAGAUAUUUUAA